ACCAACGGGUAUCGGAUAAGUACACCCUGGUUUCUUUGUUCCGCAAAACCCUGAAACAAAAACACCAGUGACCAGCCACUGUGCCCUCUCACUCUCUCGGUCGAACCUCUCAACUUAAGGGGUAAACGAAAACCCCCUUCCCAAUUCUCAUUUACCGAAUUCUAUUUUUCUACCAUAUCUCAUAUUUCUAUCACAACGCUUUCAGUGCUAACAACUCUUUAAAAAAAAAAAAAGUGUUGCAUGUUUAGAGAAAGCAAUGGAUUUAGUGGCACCAACCGAACAGUUUUGCUCAUUUCACCCCUUCCACAUAACCAGAGCUAGGGUUUCGGAUAACACCGUUUCUCGUCCUUUCGUUCUAUCUCCUGCUAGUAGUGUUAGUCAUCAUUUUACAAAACUGAAGGCAACUAGGUCUAGAAAGCGUUUAGAAAACCGCGUUUCUGCGGUUUCGAAGUCCGAAGCUUCUGGCAUGAACGGUAGAUUGCAACAAAUUGUUAGCACCCCAAACGGGGACUUGAAUGGCAUAGGCAUGGAAUCUUCUUCGCCCAACGGGGUGAACGGUUCCCGGAGCUUCGAGGAGUUUGCGAGUAACAUUCAUCUCCGGAAGUUGGUUAGAAAUGGAGAGUUGGAGGAAGGGCUUAAGUUUCUUGAGCGCAUGAUUUACCAAGGGGAUAUCCCUGAUGUCAUUGCUUGCACCAGCUUGAUUCGCGGGUUUUGCAGGAGUGGAAAGACUAGGAAGGCAACGAGAAUCAUGGAGAUUUUGGAGAAUUCUGGUGCUGUUCCUGAUGUGAUAACUUAUAAUGUUUUGAUUGGUGGUUAUUGCAAAUCAGGGGAGAUAGACAAAGCCUUGCAGGUUUUGGAGCGAAUGAGUGUUGCUCCGGAUGUUGUUACGUAUAACACGAUUCUGCGUAGUUUGUGUGAUAGCGGGAAGCUGAAGGAGGCAAUGGAGGUUCUUGACAGGCAGAUGCAGAGGGAGUGUUAUCCCGAUGUGAUUACUUACACGAUUUUGAUUGAAGCGACUUGUAAUGAUAGUGGCGUUGGUCAGGCGAUGAAGCUGUUGGAUGAGAUGAGGAAGAAAGGGUGCAAACCUGAUGUGGUCACUUACAAUGUUCUUAUCAAUGGUAUUUGCAAGGAGGGUAGGUUGGAUGAGGCGAUUAAGUUUUUGAAUAACAUGCCUUUAUAUGGUUGUCAACCGAAUGUGAUUACUCAUAAUAUUAUUUUGCGUAGCAUGUGUAGCACUGGGAGAUGGAUGGAUGCUGAGAGGCUGUUAGCUGAUAUGCUUAGGAAGGGCUGUUCCCCUAGUGUUGUUACUUUCAAUAUCUUGAUUAACUUCUUGUGCCGGAAACGGUUACUGGGUAGAGCCAUUGAUGUCUUGGAGAAAAUGCCAAAGCAUGGUUGUGUGCCAAAUUCCUUGAGUUACAAUCCAUUGCUUCAUGGGUUUUGUCAAGAGAAAAAGAUGGAUAGAGCAAUUGAGUAUUUGGAAAUAAUGGUGUCAAGGGGUUGUUACCCUGAUAUAGUGACCUAUAACACUUUGCUUACCGCACUAUGCAAAGAUGGGAAGGCGGAUGCUGCAGUUGAAAUACUGAAUCAACUAAGUAGCAAGGGAUGCUCUCCUGUUUUAAUUACUUAUAAUACAGUUAUUGAUGGUCUUACAAAGGUGGGAAAAACCGAGUAUGCUGCAGAACUGUUAGAAGAGAUGCGCAGAAAGGGUCUUAAACCUGAUAUAAUAACAUACUCUACACUGCUCCGGGGACUUGGUUGUGAAGGAAAGGUUGAUGAGGCUAUAAAAAUUUUCCAUGACAUGGAAGGAUUAAGUAUUAAGCCCAGUGCUGUCACUUACAAUGCAAUCAUGUUGGGACUUUGUAAGGCUCAGCAGACUAGUCGUGCAAUUGAUUUCCUGGCUUAUAUGGUAGAAAAAGGAUGCAAACCUACCAAAGCUACAUAUACCAUUCUUAUAGAAGGCAUUGCUGAUGAAGGAUUAGCCGAGGAAGCUUUGGAGCUGUUGAAUGAGUUGUGCUCCAGAGGAUUUGUGAAGAAAAGUUCGGCUGAACAGGUAGCAGUCAAGAUGUAGGAUAAAAUGCAUUUUUACCUUAUACACCUAGAUGGCUGAGUAACAUUUUUGAGCACAAAGAUUUUGUUAAACCCCUCAUGUUAGUUACUUGUUCUGGAUUUUGGAUUGUUAUUUUGAGGAGGGAGAGGGGCUAGUGAAAUGCAUGUCAAUUUUGUUAGGAGGUCAUUUUAAUUCAGUACGGAUAUAUUUAAUUCUAAUUUAUAUUUUAUAAUUUAUACUGCUUGAGAGUUAAUAUAGACUAAUCAUGCUUUUCACAUUUUUUUGGCAUCCAUGGAAGACAGUUUUUGAAUCUCAUCUUCCUUUUUACAAGGAUGGUAAUUUCUGGCUGCAGAUUCUGAUAUGAUUGACUCAAGAGAUCAAUUGUAUCCAUCGUAUUAUUUUGUUUAGGGCAAUUUCUUUUUAAGCACAUGGAUACCAGUAUAGCCUGUUGUAAAAUGAAGCAAUUUGAUUCAUCAACGGUCUGGGUUUUAUCAGUGUAUUGUUGUUACCAAAUAUAUACAAGCCAACGUAAUUGGUGCUU